UGUCAUGAUGUGCUUGAUGCCUCUCUUCUUUGCUUUUCGUGCAAACUUGAGCUUCGUCUGAUAGUAACUUAAUCGCCGGGAAGAUGUCCACGCAGCACCUGAACUCCUCGCCGCCCAACCACAGUCACCUCUCGGCAGCCACCACCGACCGGCCGGACGCCUCGGAGGGGCGCAUCCGCCUGCUUCUUUUCGCUUUGUGCGUAACGAUCGCCGCCGCCACCUUCGUCGGCGGCGUAUACUCGCUCCUGUCCCUGCUGCAGAUGAGAAAGAAGACCUCCCUGUGUCUCAUCGUGGCUUCCAUGUCCGUGGACGACCUGCUCAGCGUGGUACCGCUCUCCCUCUUCAUUCUCCUCCAGUGGGAGCGCGACGGAGGCUCGGCCAGCUUGUGCACCCUCGCCGGGCUCCUGUACAUCUUCCAAGGAGUUUCGAGUAACAUGAAAGCCUGUCUGAUCGCCGGCUACACUUUUUACGUGACCAAGAGGUUCGGGGUACUGCGCUCCGUCCGGCGGCCCCUGCGAGUGAUGUGGGCCAUCGCCGGCGUGUGGGCGGUCAGCCUCGUCGUCAGCGUGUUGCCUUUGUGCGGCUGGGGCAGCUUCGCGCAGGCUCCCCUCGGUUGCUUCCCGGAGAGUGAAAGCUUCUACACAUUGCUGCUCUUCCUUUUGUAUUCGUUGUGCUUCUGCGGCUUGCUUUUCUUCUUCUUGCCGCUCACCUACCAGCUCCUGUGUUCCGGAGAGCGGCAGAGGAGCGUGCAGUGCGCGGCUUAUAUGGGCGACGUCCGCUCGAUCUCUCUGGACAGCCUGGACAAAAGUUUCGGAACCUACAACGAAUUGAGCCCGAGUUCGUGCGGGACCACGUGCGAGCUCAAGGAGAGCAAGGAGGCUGCCGGGGGCUGCCCCAGGGUCGUCUGCCGGCAAAAGUCGGCGACUGCGGGGGACCCGCCGGUGGUGUUUGCCCAAAAGCGCUUCUCCAUGGUCCUUGCGGUUGUCAGGGUUACUUUAUGGAUGCCAAUGAUGAUGAGUAACAACACACGCACCACACGACAUAUUUCAACAUGUAAUUCAGAAUGCUGAAUGCACAUUUCCAUUGUAAAUGAGAAUUUGCUUUAGCAAACAAAUGUCAGUUGAUUGUACAGUGGUGGGUUGAGAUAUUGGUUUAAUUCGUUUGAUAAAAAAAAAAAAUUAAGAUGAGAUAUCAAACUACAUGCUUUUAGUAGCUUAGUGGUUUUCACGUCUGCACAAGCUCAACUGUGACUUUCAUGACGGCAAGCCUUGUAGAAAAUGAAUGGAUUUUUAAUACCAAUUUGCAGUUUUACUGUUUAGGUAGUAUACUAGACGAGUUUGUUGAUGUUACUUGCAUCGAUUUAACAAAUUCAAGUGAAUGUUCAUUUGCAGAGAUUUUCAAAACGACUGCAUUUUCAAUUGCAGUAUUCAGUGGUACAAAGCAAACAGUUUCUCCCACAGCCACAAUGCUGGUGCAGAGGGUCGCGGCCCCAUUUGUCCCUGAUGCAAGCAGGCCCUAAUAUCAAAACGUGAAAU